GCAAGGACCACACACGUGCUCUGGGAGUUCGGCAUACAAGAUGGCUCGUGCGAUUUGGUCGACGUUGGCGAUGGCGGUGCUCUCGGCGGUGGCGGCGGCAGAUAUGACCGCGGAGGAGACCGAGGACAUGGCGCCGAAGCCGUUCGCCUACGACUACGGCGUCGUGCAGCCAUACCAGCAGGCGACCCACGCGUACGGCAGCUCCGGCUACGCCGCCCACGGCAAGCACGGCUACUUCGCGCUUCCCUACGGCUACGGCUUUCCAGGCUACGGUCACGCCGUCUACGCUGGUCACCCUUACGGCCACCACGGCUCUGGCCACUUCGUAGGUCUCGGCCGCCCAUACGGCCACGCGGGCCACGGAUACCACCACCAGGCGCCGUACAGCUACACCCGCUACCACGGCUACCCGAGCGGCUACGCGGUGCACGUGAAGCACCCGCACGGGUACAUAAAGCACCCGCACGGCUACAGCUACCGCCCGGUGGCCCGGUUCGGCUACGGAUCGACGGUGGUGCACCCUGCCGGCGGCGCGAGCUACCACAUGGAGGAGAAGGCAGAGGACGCCGAGUGAGCGUCUUUCGACAGGCUCGUCAGGCAAGCUGCUCGACGGUGAAGCCCUCAGAAGCGCUGGUGCGGACGACGACGAUUGGUCGACUGGGAGCGGCCGGGCCCAGCACUGAGAGAUGGACGGCAGAGAUUGGCAGCACAAUGGCGUGAAAAUGCUGGCCCAACCCAUGCGAAUAAUGGUCUUCUCAGCGGUCAUGACGUCGCAUUGGCUGCUUUUGGCGAAGAAAUUAUCACUGCUGCUAAUAAGGCACAUAUUCGGGAACGAGCAAGUGCUGAUUGGGCAUUAUUCGCAGUGUAUACACUCGCUGUCAUAGAGUGCUUGAUGUCCUCUCAUUUCAUUGUUCAAAACCAAUACAAAAGCAAAUGUAA